AUGAAGGUUCGGAAGUUAACCGUGUGCCAUACAUGCAGAGCGAGGAAACUAGGGUGUGAUGGGAAACGCCCAGCAUGCUCUCAGUGCACAGGAACGAAGAUCAAAUGUGGAGGAUAUCAAUAUGAUCUCGUCUUUGUACCGUCCUCGCUAUCCAUAGGGCCAUCGACAAAGUCCAAGGUGCGGAAGGAUGGGAAAGCCGGAAAGAAGCGAGACGAGUGUACAAAGCACCAAAACCUAGUUUCUACGGACAGGCUCGACGAAACGACUCAAGCAGCCAGGCCAGUAGCGAGAUAUGAGACGGCUGUAGUGUGGCCGUCGCUGGCGUGGCCCUUUCAAGAUAUCAUCUCCCUAGUUGUGCAGAACUUUUCACCAGCCAUGAUUCCCAGCACUUCAGCUUUCUUGAACUGGGAUGUGGAUAUUUUCCCUCGAGUUUGCGGAGCAUGGAUUGAGCUUCUGCCUGUGUUGUCAAUGACUCGGCGGUAUGAGAUGACUCUGUCUUCAUCCGUCAAGGCCCUGGGCGUCUCCAUCUUGUCUAGAGGCCGCAACGGAAUAGCGCCGAUUUCAGAUGCUCUAGCUGCACACUGCUCCGCACUGAACUCGCUUCAUGACAGUCUGCAUAACAUAGAUACGUCCAAUUCUGACGCCUUGGCGGUAGCCAUCAUGUGCCUAAUGAUCUCGGAAAUGAUAUUGCCAACUUCCAUCUCUAGUGGCACCGCUCAUGCCUCUGGCUUAAGCGACCUGAUUCAGCUGCAUAGUCCAGAGGCAUACUCAUCCGGGCCGUCCCAUAGGGUAUUCAUUGGCCUUCGUCCCGCUAUUAUUAUCCAUGCAAUUCGGAAAAAACAGCCCACAUUUCUCGCUGCGCCCGAGUGGAGGACGAAGCCAUUUCAAUAUGUCAAGGCAAACUCAUUCCACGCUCUUAUGACGGAGGCGACUGCGCUUCCUUCCAUUCUGGUUGACAUCGACGAUUUAAAAUACGGCUCACCCGGCUCAAACUCACCUUUUCUCGUGUUUCAGGCACUCAAAGAUCUUCUCAACGCCCUGAUUACUUGGAACAUUACAUUCCAAAGCCUUGAUAAUAAGCCGUCAUUCCGUAUUCUCAACAAAGGCGCAGAAAGACCAUGCUUAUGGUUUCCCGAUAUCACUUCAGCGAAUUCGAUGACACACUACUGGGCUUUCUGGAUAAUGUGCAUCGUAUAUAUCAGGAAGCUGAGAGAUGACUAUCCUGAACUUCGAGACGACGACUUUUUAAUCAACGGCGAGACUCCGGAGAGUCCCAUUGUUACAGAAAUGGCGAUUCAAAUGUCGGCUUGGAUAUUCCAAAGCAUCGAGUACUUGGUGCAAGAAGAGAUGAGGCUGUUUGGAGCAAUAUCCACAACACUACCAACCAGAAUAGCCUACCAAUUCCUCCGAUUCAACCAUUUUUACGACUACGAGUUGAUUUCUUGGUGCGAGGGAUUGAUUGACGGCAUCAGGAAUAAGGGCUACGACUAUAUUGCUGAGUACAUAGUAGAUGACGAUGGAGUAUAA